ACGACCAGGCUAGCUAGCUAGCGCGGGUCGGCAGCAGAGCAAACAUGAGCGGGGGAGGAGGGGGCGGCAACUCGAGGGAGCUCGACCAGACGCCGACAUGGGCCGUCGCCUCCGUCUGCGGCGUCAUCGUCCUCAUCUCCAUCCUCCUCGAGAUGGGCCUCCACAAAGUCGGAGAGUGGUUCGCGCACAGGAAGAAGAAGGCCAUGGUGGAAGCCCUUGAGAAGGUCAAGGCAGAACUGAUGGUGCUGGGGUUCAUCUCGCUGCUGCUGGUGUUCGGGCAGAGCUACAUCAUCAAGAUUUGCAUCUCCGAGGCUGCCGCCGACACCAUGCUCCCAUGCCGCCUCAAGAAGGCCACCGUCGAGGUCGAGAUCGCCAAGGACGGCGGCCACGGCGCCCCCGCGGGCGGCGCCAAGGAGGAGCACGGCGCUAAGCAGCCGGAGGAGCAUUUCAGCCUCGGCACCAAUCCCUUCACCGCCACCUCCUUCAGCGUCCCCCACAGGAUGCUCAGCGAGGCCACCUCCUUCAGCGUCCCCCACAGGAUGCUCAGUGAGGCCAACAUGAACACCAAAUGCCCCCCGGGGAAGGUGUCCCUCAUAUCGAUAAACGCUCUGCACCAGCUGCACAUCUUCAUCUUCUUCCUGGCCGUGUUCCAUGUCUGCUACAGUGCCACCACCAUGGCACUCGGCAGGGCCAAGAUACGAGGAUGGAAAGAGUGGGAAAAAGAAGCGGCCGGCCAAGAUGAAGAAGUCACUAACGAUCCGUCGCAGUUCAGGUUUACGCACGAGACAUCGUUCGUCAGGCAGCACAUGAACGUCCUCAACAAAACCCCGGCGUCGUUUUACAUCAGCAACUUCUUCAGGCAGUUCUUUAGAUCGGUCCGGAGGGCUGACUACUGCGCGUUGCGCCACAGCUUCGUCAACGUUCAUUUGGCUCCUGGCAGCAAGUUUGAUUUCCAGAAGUACAUCAAGAGGUCUCUCGAGGAUGAUUUCAAGGUCAUCGUCGGGAUCAGCCCUAUUCUGUGGGCGUCUGCACUCACCUUCCUGCUCAUCAACAUCAACGGGCUGCACAGCAUGCUCUGGAUAUCCAUCAUGCCGCUGGUGAUCAUCCUGCUGGUGGGCACGAAGCUGCAGGGGAUCAUCUGCCGGAUGGCGAUCGACAUCACGGAGCGGCACGCGGUGAUCCAGGGGAUCCCGCUGGUGCAGGUCAGCGACAGCUACUUCUGGUUCAGCCGCCCCACCUUCGUCCUCUUCCUCAUCCACUUCACCCUCUUCCAGAACGGCUUCCAGAUCAUCUACUUCCUCUGGAUCCUGUACGAGUACGGGAUGGAUUCCUGCUUCAACGACUCCAAGAAGCUCGUCUUCGCGCGGCUCUGCCUCGGGGCGGUGGUGCAGGUGCUGUGCAGCUACGUGACGCUGCCGCUCUACGCGCUGGUGUCGCAGAUGGGGACCACCAUGAAGCAGUCCAUCUUCGACGACCAGACCUCCAAGGCGCUCAAGAGCUGGCGCGCCGGCGUCAAGAAGAAGCCGGCGGCCAACUCCAAGCACGGCUCCGGGUCGCCCUCGGGGAGCCCGCGCGCCGGCAGCCCCAAGGCCGGCGACGAAGGCAGCACCGCCGGCAUCGCGCUCACGCAGAAGCAAGGCCAGGGCGACGACGGCGCGCCAUGAUAUCAUAUGUACGCGCCCCAGGAUCCAUGACCCAUGAUCCAUUCGAGUACACUGUUUGAUUCUUUGUACCAGUACGUAGCAGCAAGCAAACACGUCUAUACAUGUGUGUCAGUGUAUAUGUAUAUGCAUCUGUGCAUAGUUUACGUAGGACACGCAGGAAGGGAGGAGUUGCAUCUUUUUUCUUGUUAUUAUCACUUCUACAAUUUAAUUUAACUAGGGCCGGUGUUGUUGUAUUCAUGUCGACUAAUCAUUUGCUAACUUGAAAGGUGUGAUUGCAGUUCAAACAGG